AACGACACAGUGUUCAUCAACCAAUAAGCUUUGCUCAAAAGCAGAUUUUUUUUUUUUUACAAAAAAAGCGAAAAGCAGGAGUGUUUUAUUUAAUUUUAAAUUCAUAAAGAGAGAGAAAUUUUUAAGGCUUUAUUUUAUUUAAUGCAUAGAGUUUCACAUCGUACAGGAAAUAAGCUUUUGUUACUUUGUGCCAAAUGGAGGGUCCUUAGCUCUCUCUCUCUCUCUCUCUCUCUCUCUCUCCCGUCUCUUGUCUCCUUUCUCUCUGCAAAAAUUUAUCUGUUUGCAGAACAAAAAAGACUAAUAAUCGAUCUUCUUCUUCUUCUUCUUUAUGUUACUGAUUGAAGUGUUUAAGAAGGUUGUGAAAGAAUUCAAUCUUAUUUUUUCUGAAGUCUGAACUCGGAUGUCUCCACCACUGCAUGGUGUGGGCGAGGAGGGUCAGAGCAAUGUUACUCUACUCGCUUCUUCAGCCUCCACUGAUAGCCUAUGCCAGAAUAGCUUAGAAUUGAAAGAGCGUAACUACAUGGGAUUGUCUGACUGUUCUUCAGUGGACAGCUCAAAAGCCUCUACUCUAUCUGAUGAAAAUAAAACUGGUCUCAAUCUAAAGGCCACAGAGUUAAGGCUAGGGCCCCCUGGAUCCCAAUCCCCAGAAAGAGAUCAAGAGCCUCGCCCUGUAAGCUCUGCACAACUGGAUGAGAAGCCCCUUUUCCCUUUGCGUCCGUCAACUGAUGGUCACUGCUUUUCAUCGCAGAAGACAAUUGUUUCAGGCAACAAAAGAGGGUUCUCUGAUGUUAUGGAUGGAUUCUCAGAGGGGAAAUUUCUCUCUAAUUCAGAGGUAAAUGGGAUGUUAUCACCCAGGCCUUCUGCAAAUUUGGGACUGAAAUCGAGCCCUAUCCUUGAGAAUCUUGGACCUCAGUCGAACAAAACAAAAGAAUUAGCGUCACAAAAAGUAGCUCAGGAGAAGCUUCAUCCAGCCGGUGACACUAGACAAAACCAUAAUGGUUCCAUAAACAACAAUAAUGGUCCUCCUGCUACUAAGGCGCAGGUUGUGGGAUGGCCACCUAUCCGGUCGUUCAGGAAGAACUCUUUGGCUACCACUUCAAAGAACACUGACGAGGUGGAUGGAAAAGCGGGACCUGGUGUUCUAUUUGUGAAGGUUAGCAUGGAUGGGGCUCCUUAUCUGAGGAAAGUAGACCUAAAGAAUUACACUAAAUAUCAGGAAUUAUCUGCUGCCCUUGAGAAAAUGUUUAGCUGUUUCACCAUAGGUCAGUAUGGAUCUCAUGGAGCUCUCGGGAGGGAAAUGAUGAGUGAGACCAAGCUGAAAGAUCUGCUUCAUGGAUCAGAAUAUGUUCUUACAUAUGAAGAUAAAGAUGGUGACUGGAUGCUUGUGGGUGAUGUCCCCUGGGAGAUGUUUAUUGAUACAUGCAAAAGGCUCAGGAUCAUGAAGAGUUCUGAUGCCAUUGGCCUAGCCCCAAGGGCCAUGGAGAAAUGCAGGAACAGGAACUAGAUGGCAGUAGACAUGAUUGUUGCUAUCCAUCCAGCAGUCUUUGUACUUGAAAGACGGGAGAAGAGGAACAAGUCCUUGAACCAGAUUCCCAACAGAGCAUUAAGGAACUGAGAUAGUUGGAUGGGGUAGGAAAUCAUGGUAUCUGCUUUUAUCGCAACACUAUGUUAUGUUCUUUUUUUCGUUGUGGCAGAAUUCAUGUUCAGUAAGCCUGUUUCUACCUUAAUUAAGAGUCCAAAACUCCUAAAACCUAGUACUUAGAAGUACUGCUAUGAUUUUAUACUUAAGAGGACUUGUUCCUGUUCCUAAUACAGGAUCCAUAGUUUGUAAAGGGAAUUGUUUGAACUUUCUGGUUUAUGUGUGUUAUAUGGUGGCGAAAACUCAACAAGUUGUGUAAAAAUUCUCUGGGUGGCUGGCCUUUCGUGUGUUG